AUGACUGGAGGAUCAUGUGGCGAAGUGGUGCGUUCUAUUCUACGAUCGCACUGUGACGGAUCUCAAGGCAGCAUCGAAUAUAUCGAGUUGUUUUUGGACUUCGAGAAUGCUUCUCCGCGUGAGGAAGAACGCUAUCUGUUUGACCUCUGUGAAAAGAUACUAAACCAGUGUACAGAAGUGCUUGCUGAUGUGAAAUGCUAUGGAAAAGGCGCAACUGACGAAGUUCGGCAAUCUCUGCAGAAUCCGCAUGAUCUUGCUUUGAGAGAUUUGGCUUUGAGUGUGGUGUGCCCGGAUUUUGAUUGGCAAAGGAUACGGAGUGCUAUUUUCAAACUUGUCACUGACGGAUCGAAAGGUUUGCUUCUCAGAGAUGGGCGCCCCACUGUCUGUCAUGUUAAGUUCGACUUUAUAUUAGCUCUUCAGCUGGUGCCGGAAUUAUUGUGGGAUCUUUGUUCUGGGCCGCUUCCACCCGAAGAGCAACUGGACAGAAAACAGUCGUUAGCUCGGCAGUUAGCCCGUCUAGUUGACUUUGUUCUGGAUUUUGACGCUGUAAAGAUGUGCACUCCUGCUCUACAGAACGACUUCAGUCACUAUCGACGAGGAAUUGGGUUGGGGCUGCUUGACAACAACGCAUCAGAGAUAGAGCUUGCAAAUUCCAUAUCUCUAUUUCUUGCUGCUCCUACUCCAAUGUUGUCAAGCCUGAGCUCUGCAACGUUAGAAUUCGUACGAUCUCAUCCGACACUUCCAAUCGGAAACACAACUGAUACCCUAGCCACCAUUGUCAGCGUCUGUCGAUACAUGGUGGGGUCACCAGAAGUGGCUGAGCGUAUAACAGAAGCAACUCGACUGUUUUGUGUCCGAGUAAUGGUUGGAUGCCUCAUAUUGUAUGAUCAUAUUGAUGAAAAUGGAGCAUUCGUGAGGGAAUCACCUAUUAAUCUCCGAGCUGUCGUGAAUGUUGUCAAGGAGCAGACCCAACCCCCACAGACUGAAGCCCUGUUGAAUGCUCUGCGCUAUACGUCGAAGCAUUUCACUCAAGCCUCUACACCAAAAUCUGUUCGUGCUAUUCUCGCCUGA